AUGAACGGCGGCGCGGUGGACAUCGCCGCGGCCUUGGCCGAAAUCACACAGAAGGAGCGUGUGGAUAUCGGCACAUACUGUGACCGAAUGAUAACGCAGGCGGAUCAUGCGUUGGACGAGCAGGCCGCUGUGCAGCAGCCAGCGUUGAAGGCCCUUGCUGAACAGGUUCGCACGUCCCGUACCAGCCUCGCUACCAUUCGGCAGCAGCUCGAGCAGUUUUCAGCGCAGCUCACUACCGCCUCGACCAACAUCCAAAAGUUGCAAGAUCGUUCGCACUCUCUCAGUGACCAACUGGCGCAGCAGCAAGCGGAGGCCUCCGAAUUGGCACAAUGGCUCGAGACGUGUGUCGUCCCGCCCUCCGUCGUUCGUUUGUUGCGAGACACGCCUGUAGAGAAGGAUCUGCAUGGAUGGGUUCAUGCUGCUCACACAAUUGAAACGUGCUUGCAGUCGCUCAAUGAGUACGAGGCCAAACAGAACGAUGUCGCGAAAGGCGGCACAGCACGCGCCCAAGCGAACGCGGUCGCCGAGCAAAGCAAAUACCUGGCCAUUACCAAGAUUUAUCCUUACCUUCUCUCCCUCUUUGAGCCGAUUCGCACGUCUGUCACGACAACGUUGCCGAUUCUGCAGUUCUCUGUCCUCUUGCCUCACAACCAGCCUUUGUACGAAUUCCUCGCGAUGCAUGCGCCACGUAUUGCUGCAGAAGUGCAACUGGCCUAUAUCAAUGCUGCGCGUCUGUACUAUGAAACGGCGUUCCGGAGGUACACCCGUGAGCUACAGCGUAUUCUGCAGCGCUGGACGGAGCCCUCAGUACUGGUAGCCGAUGCACCGCGGCAUCCAGAGGGGCUGUUUGCGCUCGACCGGUUGCAGUAUGCUCAGCCUACAGCCUCUGCUACAGCACUGAUGGCGUAUCAGGGCGAAGACACGCACUUCCAUGCCAGUCCCGAGCAUGUCUUCCACACCCUGGCCUGGGUGUUCUUCGAUACGGCGUGUUCCGAAUACGCCUUCUUAGCGCGGUUCUUUGCCGGGGUCGGUAUGAAAAAGACAUGGGCACCGGAUGCUGCGAUGCCGACCGAAAGUAUGCUGAGCUUGUCCGAAGACGAGGCUCAGGAACACAAGGCUAUUGUCACGCGCGAGACGUGGCGACAGGUCAUGGAGCCUGCCAUGCAAGCCUUUGCAGACUUCCGUAAGAGUAUGUUGGCUCUGCCUCAUGUACCAUUGCUUUCGCACUUGACAAUGGUCACCCUCACGCAGGAGCUUAUGCGCGUUGCCCAAGCGCGACACUGCCUUGUGCCUGAGUUGGAGUCGGCUCUGAUGCAGCACGUCUUGGAAACUUGGCCUCUCGUGGCCAAGGCCCUCGAUACGGAAGUCGACGCCAUGAAGCAUUUGUCGGUCGGCCCACGCCAAGGCCCUCCACCGCCACGCACGGGUCUGCUGGAAUUGUGGGGGGCUGUCACCGCCUCAUCUACGGACCUCACGCGGAGCGGCCAUACGUCUCAGGCAUUAUUGCAUAUUGUGACAGCCUAUGCGCAUAUGUACCGUGCUAUUGCCCAACUAAGCAGCUCAGAGCAUGAGGGCAUGCUCAUGGCAGGCCUGACUCGCAUUCACGCAGAAAUGGCGCGGUUGCUACGUGAAUAUGCCACGAACACCUAUCCUUCACACAAAGAUGGGACGCCACCUGAUGCGCUGUGCAUGCAAAUCCAUGAUGCGUUGGCGGCGCAUACCAACGAUACCCUCACGACCGAAGCCGCAGCGUGGCGUCAAUUAGCCGAGCAGUUGCGUACAUAG